CUGGUUCAGCACCGCAAUCUCUACAAAUACUUUUAGGACAACAAGACGGUGGCGUGUUUUUCGAUCGUGAAUUUAGUAGCAACAUAACACAACAACAACCACCACCAUCACAAAAUCAGUGGGAUACACCGGAUAUUGGACGUAAGUCGCCGCAGUCGUCAUCACAACAUUGUUGGCCAACAUUAAUGCCACAACAGCAUUCAUCGAUUGCUCAAUAUCACGACGACGAAAGAAAUUAUCCUAAGCCUCUACCGCAUUUAGAUUUUACUUCACAGACACAACAAUAUCCCUAUCCUCAGCAGCUACCAUACAAUCAUCCAAAUAACGAGACUUUACCUCACAUUAAUCGUAGUAUAUCUUAUCCACCUGAUAGUAACUUUACGCCUACAACUCCGGAUGAUGGUACUAUGAAUAAUUUUCCAUUAUUACCUAAUGGACUAACUCAACAACAACAAACCGAUUUAUAUUUACAAGCAUAUUUUUCGGCACAACAAGUAUUGAAAGGGCGGCAACCACAGCCACAACAACAAAUGGAUAUUAUAGGUCAACUAGAAAGACUGCACCUAACACCUCAAUCACCACACCAACAAUCGUUAGAUCCAUCUGUUUAUGGUCAAACACAAUCUCCAUUUGAUCCUCGUACACAAUCACCGUCACAAUCUACAAUGUUUCGUUCUCCACUACCAUCGCUUCCAACAUUUGCCGCUACUCCACAGCGUUAUCAAUUUCCAUCACAAAUGGUUGGUUCACGUUUCGAUCAAGCAAACUAUCGUACAACAAAAAGUGGAAAACAGCACAUUGGUCCCGAUGGUUCAAAUUUGUUUAUAUGUCAUUUGCCACAAGAUUACACUGAUAUACAAUUGAAUCAAAUGUUUUCACAAUUUGGUCAUGUAUUAUCAGCUAAAGUGUUUGUUGAUAAAAAGACGAAUCAGUCAAAAUGUUUUGGUUUUGUCAGCUAUGAUAAUCCAAAUUCAGCAUUUACUGCUAUUACACGAAUGGAUGGCUACAGUAUUGGUUCAAAACGUUUAAAAGUCGAAUUAAAAAAGGCAAGAAGAAAUUCAUAA